CCGAAGGUUCCGCCGACAAGAAUGGACUCAAUGCGAUGCCCUUCCUAGGCCAAAUCCACACCAGUCCUCUGCUGUCCCGCCCAAUGGGUCCAAUAGGUUACGCUCACCCCCCCACCUUCCCUCCGAUGGGGGAUUCAGAUGGAUUCAAUGCUGUGCCACAGAUGGCUUCGAUGGGACCACCGCCCGUGUUGAGCUCCCUCUGGAUAGGCGGCGCUUCUCCGGACAGCCGCGGAGACUACUACGACGACCCCCCCUACGAGGGCGACUACGAGGGCGACUACUCGAUGCCCACCGAGGAGGACCAAGAGGAGGAGUCGUGCUCCUGUCAGAGCCAGACCUGUCAGAGCCAGAGCGAGUUCAGCUCGGUAGAGCGCACCGAGUCGGACUCGGAGGGGGAGGAGCUCUCCGACGGCCCUUCCCCCAGGGUCUCCCCGCUGGAGUCCCUCGGCGCAGUCGUGCUCUCCACAAUGCAGCCGGAGCACCGUCAGCGCAUGGUGGCCUUGUACCACCUCGUCUUGGAGACCGCUGUGGUCAAGGUCGUGCUGCUGGUGCUGCAACUGCUGUGCUGCGCGGUGUUCUGGCUGGUCGAGAAGACCGUGGGCUUCAACGAAACCCGCCAGUUGCUGUGGCGCAUGAACAAUGCCCGGGGCGACGAGACGCUCGUCUUCUUUGCCGUGCUCAUGACCUCAUGA